AUGUCUCGUUCUUCUUGGCCUACUUUUUUUUCUUUUUACUCCUUUUUUUCAUUCUUAUUAUUUUUCAAAAUCUAUAUUCCCUUUUCUAUUUCUUCCUUUACUUUUCUUUCAAUUUUUUUCCUUAUUUCUUCUUUGUUUCCUUCUUUCUUUUCUUCAUUCUUUUCUUUAUUUCUUACUUUCACUUCUUCCUUCUUUUACCCCACGUUUUGUUUUUUGGCUUAUCUUCCUUCGUUUUUCUUGGAUGAGGAGGGAACUUUUUCUUCUUCCCUCUCGUGGGCGCUUUCUUCUUGCUUUUUCAAUUUCUCCACCUAUUUAUUCCUUAUCCAGUUGCAUUUUCUUCUUUCUUUCCUUCUUCCUCCUUUCCUUCCUUCUUUCUCCUUCCUUCCUUCCUUCCUUCCUUCCUUCCUUCUACAACUUUUCGGUUGUUUUUCUUUCCUUUUUUAUUUUUUGACAUUCUUUAUCAGCUCAUUAUUACUGUCCCUCUACCUUUCUUCUAACCCUACGCCUUUUCUCACCCUUUUUCACCUCAUUUCUCUCUUUUACCGCUUCCUACUCCUCUUACUCCUACACUGCUCUUUACUUCUUUUACCCCCUCCUAUUCCUCUUACUCUCGUUUCCUUCCUUCUACUCUUCUUCUACCUCCUCCUAUUCCUAGUCCCUUCUCCCCUUUACACUUCUUCUACCUCCUCCUACUCCUCCAGUUCUUAUUUAUCCUUCUGCUUUUCUUAUCACUACUCCUCGUGUUGUUAUAAAUUCUCCACUGCUGCUUCAUUUUCCUUUUCCUUUUUUUACUUCUUCUUCUUCUUCUUCCACAUCCUCCUCUCCACCUUAUCUUAUUCUUGCGCUGCCUCUUUCUUUAUCCUAUUCUCCUUCGCUUUUUCUCUCUCGUCGUCUUCCUCGCUCGCAUUUUCCUGCUCCUCUUUCUGCGUCUUUAAUCAGCACGACCAAUAG